CCAAGCAAGUCAGUUGUUCUGGGUGUGUGAGCGAGUGAGCAGCAAGUCGAGGAAAGAAAAAUCAGCUCCUCACCUCGCGUACGAUUGUUUUGUUUGAUGGACGACGCGAAGAACUAGGAAUCGAAAAAAUCGGUCGUUGAAAUUUUGCGGCAUAAAAAGUGACUUCCGUUGCGUGAAUCUGUGCUGAAAGUGUUGCUUAAUGUGGUCCGCCGCGGCGUCGAGUGGAAUUGCACCUUGAUUCUGUUUGUUGUUGUUCUGUGAGCGCGGAUCGUCGUCAGGAUGGAGGAGGACACGGAGUACAAAAAGUUGCCCAUCGACGAGCGGUGCGUGCACAAGGUGUGGAAGGCCCGCGUGGAUGGCUACGAGGAAGCGGCCAAGCUGUUCCGGACGAUUGACGAUGAAAAGUCUCCGGAAUGGAACAAAUAUCUCGGCUUGAUCAAGAAGUUUGUGACCGACAGCAAUGCGGUGGCGCAGGAGAAGGGCCUGGAGGCGGCGCUGGUGUUUGUGGAAAACAGUGGCAAUGCGGGCAAGACCGUGGGCGAAGUCAUGGGCGGAAUCAUCACCAAGUGUAUCGGCGCUCCGAAGGCCAAAACCAAGGACCUGGCGGUGCAGAUUACGUUGAUGUACGUUGAGAUUGAACGGCAUGAAGUUGUGCUGGAAGAGCUGCUCAAGGGCACGGACCAGAAGAACCCGAAAAUUGUGGCGGCUUGUGUGGCCGCGGUGACACAGGCGCUGCGUGAGUUUGGCAGUAAAGUGAUGAGCAUCAAGCCGAUCGUCAAAAAGCUUCCCGCCCUGCUGAGCGAUCGUGACAAAGCGGUUCGUGAUGAAGCCAAAACGCUCACCAUCGAGAUCUACCGCUGGAUUGGGGCGGCGUUCAAGUCGCAGAUUGCCUCGCUGCCGGCCGUUUUGCUGGCCGAGCUGGAAGCGGAGUUUGAAAAGGUCAGCGGAGAGAAGGCCGUUCCGACGCGGUAUCUCCGGUCACAGCAGGAGAAACAGAUGCUGGCCGCGGUUGCCAUCAGCAGUGGUGAGGUGGACGAUGGCGCCGAUGCCGAUGAGGUCGAUGAGGCCGAAGAGAUCGACCCGAUGGACCUGAUCGAUCCGGUCGACAUCUUGUCCAAGCUGCCGAAGGACUUUUAUGAAAAGUUGGAGGCGAAAAAGUGGCAGGAGCGGAAGGAAUCGCUCGAGGCGUUGGAAACGUUGCUGCAGAAUCCAAAGCUGCAGCCGGGCGACUACGGCGAUGUGGUUCGCGCUCUCAAGAAGGUCAUCACCAAGGACUCAAACGUGGUGCUGGUCGCGCUCGGUGGCAAGUGUUUGGCCAUGCUGGCCAAGGGGCUGGGAAAGAAGUUUAACACGUACGCCGGGGCCUGCGUUCCGGCCGUGCUUGAAAAGUUCAAGGAAAAGAAGACGAACGUCGUGACGGCGCUGCGCGAUGCGAUCGACGCCAUGUAUCCGGCCACGACGCUCGAAUCCAUCCAGGAGGACAUCCUGGAGGCGUUGGCCAACAAGAAUCCCAGCGUAAAGAUGGAAACUGCAUCAUUCCUGGCGCGAGCCUUCUCCAAGACGGUGCCGACCAUACUCAACAAGAAGCUGCUGAAGGCGUUCGUGACGGCACUGAUCAAAACGCUGAACGAGUCCGAUCCGGCCGUUCGAGAUGCGUCCGCCGAGGCGCUCGGAACGCUGAUGAAGCUGGUCGGCGAGAAGGCCAUCGGUCCGUACAUUGCGGAGGUGGACGCCCUCAAGCAGGCCAAGAUCAAGGAGUGUUGCGAUAAGGCCGUAAUAACGGUGAAGAUUCCCGGCCCAAAAAAGGAGCGACCUGCUACGGCUCCUCCCAAGACGAACGCCGGACCGGCUACCGGUGCGGUCAAGAAGGGUGGAUCGACGGAGCCCAAACCGGUGGCGAGACCGGCCACGGCUGGAGUGAAGAAACCAGCAGCCACGAAGAAAGCUGCAGCCGGUGGUGGAGGAUCGGGCGUUGCCAAGUCCGCAAGCGCUUCCAAAGUCCUCCCAACAGAACGAGACAUGUCGCAGGAAGAGAUCGACGACCGGGCCGCGGAGAUUCUGCCCGCGGACGUAACUCAAGGCCUUGGAGAUUCCAACUGGAAGACGCGACUGGCAGCGGUCGAAUCCCUCACCGGAGUUAUUGCCGACUUAGACCCGAAAGGUGGCCACUCCCAGGUGGUUCUGCGGACACUCGCCAAGAAGCCCGGCCUCAAGGACACCAACUUCCAAGUGCUCAAGGGGAAGCUCGAGAACGUCCGAGCGGCGGUCGAAAGGCUUGGCAUCACCGCAACGACGGCCGAUUACAUCAUGAACGACAUCACGGAGAAGCUGGGUGACGCCAAGAACAGCGGGCCGGCCGGACUGGCCCUGACGGCGAUUGCCGAAGCCAUCAAGCUGGAAUAUGCCGUGGCGAAGGUGAUGGAAUUUGCGUUCGAGCAAAAGUCGCCAAAAGUGCAACAGGAAGCGCUAACCUGGGUCAACAAUGCCAUCAAAGAGUUUGGCUUCCAGGUCAACCCAAAGCUACUGCUCGAAGACUCCAAGAAGGCGGUGCAGAGCAUAAAUCCGGCCGUGCGAGCCGCCGGCAUUACCUUGCUCGGAACGAUGUACCUCUUCAUGGGCAACACGCUGGCGAUGUUCUUCGAGAACGAGAAGCCGGCGCUGAAGCAGCAAAUUCAGACCGAGUUUGACAAGUGCGCCGGCCAGCGACCACCGGCCCCGACCCGGGGACUGUCCAAGUGCGCGAGCAAGGCCUCGGUGGACGACCUCGACGAUGAUGGCGAGGUCGAAGAACAGCCGGCGAUCAACAUGAACGAUCUGUUCCCACGCGUGGACAUUUCGUCGCAGAUUACGGAGGCACUGUUGGCGGAAAUUUCCGACAAAAACUGGAAGACCCGCAACGAGGGGCUUGAAAAGUUGAGGGCGAUCAUCGCCGAGGCGAAACUGAUCAAGUCCAACCUGGGAGAUUUGCCACAGGUAUUAGCCCAGCGGUUGGUCGACAGCAAUGCCAAGAUUGCCCAGACUUCGGUGGAGCUUUGCCAGCAGAUUGCGGUCGCGAUGGGACCUCCGAGCAAGCAGUACGUCCGUGUUUGGUUUCCGGGCAUUGUGAAGGGUCUUGGCGAUAGCAAGGCCUUCAUCCGGAGUGCGUGCAUUACUUGUAUCAACAUCAUGGGCGACCAGGCUGGCUAUAAGGAGUUUUUCGAGAGUGAAAUGAUUGCCGAUGCGCUGAAGACGGGCAGUCCGGCACUCAAAACCGAAGUGUGGGGCUGGUUGGCGGAAAAAUUGCCCGGACUGCCGACCAAGAGCAUCCAGAAGGACGAGUUGCACUCGUUGCUGCCUCAUUUGUACGCCAACAUCUGCGAUCGGAAUGCGGACGUGCGCAAGAAUGCCAAUGAAGCCGUGCUGGGAAUCAUGAUCCACUUGGGCUACGAAGGCAUGGUUAAAGCGCUCGACAAGCAGAAGCCCACCUCGAAGAAGGACAUUCAGGCGGCGCUGGACAAGGCACGGCCAAACUUACCGGUCAAGCCACUUCCGAAGAAUAAACAGCAAGCGCCGAUCGUCGAGGAGCCGACAAAGGUGGUCCGCCCAGGAACGGCCAAGGUGCAGAAGGCAGCCGCGGGAGGAGCAGCCAAGGCAAAUCCAGCUCCCACUUCCCGCAAGAAAGAGGAAGAGGUCGACACUUCACCGUUGCUGGCAAUCAACAACAUGAAGAGCCAACGCUUGCUGGACGAGCAAAAGCUAAAGGUUCUCAAGUGGACUUUCACAACUCCGCGGGAAGAGUUCACCGACCUGCUGAAGGAGCAAAUGACAUCGGCAAACGUCAACAAAGGCCUCAUUGCGAACAUGUUCCACGACGACUUUCGCUAUCAUCUCAAGGUGAUCGAUGCCCUAAUCGAGGAUUUGCCCAAAAACGACAAAGGUUUGAUCUGCAAUCUGGACCUGAUCAUGAAGUGGCUCUCGCUACGUUUCUACGACACCAAUCCGUCGGUACUGCUCAAGGGACUGGACUACCUCAACCUGGUCUUCCAGAUGCUCAUCGAGAGUCAGUACGUGCUGGCGGAGAACGAGGGCAGUUCUUUCGUGCCGCAUCUCCUCACCAAGAUCGGUGACCCGAAAGACGUCGUCCGCAACGGAGUUCGUUCGCUGCUGCGUCAAAUCUGCCUGGUUUAUCCCUUCGCGAAGGUGUUUGUCUUCAUCAUGGAUGCGCUCAAGUCGAAGAACGCUCGCCAACGGGCCGAAUGCUUGGACGAACUGGGCUAUCUGAUCGAAACGUACGGCCUAACGGUGUGUCAACCCACGCAACAGGCGGCGCUCAAGGAAAUUGCAAAACACAUCUCCGAUCGAGACAACUCGGUUCGCAACGCCGCGUUGAACACGGUCGUGCAAGCUUACUUCCUCGCCGGCGAAAAGGUCUACAAGCUGAUUGGUCAACUGUCCGAAAAGGAUCUAUCCAUGCUGGACGAGCGCAUCAAGCGGUCCAAGAAGACGGCUGCCGUGAAGAAACCUGCCACCAUCGAAAUCGUCAAGGUACCGUCCUCGGUGGAAGUGCACGCGCCCGACAGCGAUCCCGUCGUCGUGGAGGAGGAAGAUAUUGUCGUCCCUCCCAUGGAGCAGCCGGAAGAGGCCAUCCCCGUCGUACGUAAACGUAGAUCGGUUGUGUUUAACGAUACCAUCAGAUUCAAUGAUAGCACUUCGGGGCGGUUUAACGACGAGGUUGAUGAAACGGGUCAAAACGCACACAAAAGACUGCGCGAAGAGCCGAUCCUCAACAGUCCGGUUCCAACCAAGAAGUUAGUACUGUUGCUCCGAGGAAGCCAUCCCUGGAGCUUUCAGGUUUAAAACUGUUUCAGGGCGGGACAGGGCCAAUUAUGUUUUUUGUUUCUCUCUUGUGUUUGUGUUUUGCUAUUGGUUUGUUAUAUUUGUGUGUUUUGAAAUUGUUUUAUUUUUGUACACAAUUAAGACAAAACUUGAC